UUUACGAAAAACAGAAAGGAGGAAGGAUACAUUUUUAACAAAGUUUCUCUUUCAUCUGUCAGUGAAAAGAGUAUUGAUGUUCUGGAAAGUGAAUGCUUAUUCAUAAUCAAACGAUAAACGUUCAAGAGUAAUAGAUAUGGCAGUGUCAGGACCUAAGUUGUCAGAUAUCAGUGGCUCAGCUUCAGUAGGUUCCGCAGAGGACUUUGACAACUUUUGUGACCCUUGUCUUACCAUAAGUCAGCAUGUAGGAUCUCAUGGAUUUUGUGUGGAAUGCCAGGAAUAUCUAUGCAGAAAUUGCUUUGAGUGUCACAAGAGGACAAAAGCCUCACGGAAUCACCAACUUCUUGUUAAAGACAACGUUAGUAAACAUGUCAUUACCAGUAUAGAUUCCGAGGAAUACACUGAAAAAUGUUCAGUGCACAAAAAGGAAAUAAUUAAAUUUUUCUGUCCAACACACGAGGCGCUUGGCUGUAAUGACUGCAUCAUCUUGGAUCACAGGACAUGUAAGAUUGACUACAUACCUGACAUAUGUGCAGAUAUAGGGGACAGCGAGGAAUAUAUGGAUAUCAUGAAGAAAUUAAACGAGGAAAUGAAAGAAGCAGAAGAUGUUUUGAAGAAAGCUGACGAAAUGGAUAAAGAGAUAGAUAACUGCCAUGCUGUUGUUAUCAAGGAAAUCCUCAUAUUUCGAAAAGAAAUAAAUGAACGCCUAGAUCAACUACAGCAAGAUAUUCAGAAAGAUGCUGACAAAAAGAUAUCCAACGAUAAAAAAAUAAUUCAGAAGGUAGUUGAUGAAUGUACAAGUAUCUCUACUGAAAUCAAGAAUUUGCUGUCAAGUCUACAAGCUAAUAGAAAUGCACGACAAAACGGGCAACUUUACAUCAACAUUAAACGAGCUGAAUGCAGAAUAAAGUCAGAUAAAGUAAAAAAGGCAGAUGAACAUUUAGCAAAGUCAGAUAUGCAAUGCUCAUUUGAACGAAAUACUGAUCUUGAAAACAUAUUGCAUAAACACGAGACAUUUGGGAAGAUAAAUCUCUCUUCUAGUCUGGUCGUUCCAACGAAGAAGAAAAUAUAUAAAGAAACAUAUACCUUAACACAUAGAAAAGAUAUAGAUAUAAGUACAAUAUCGGAACAUUAUACCUGCCAUAUCACAGGGUGUGCGGUUUUGUCCUCUAACAAACUCGUGCUUGCUGAUAGCAGUUGCAACAUGCUAUUAGUCGUAGAUAAACAAUACAAGGCUGUCGUAGAAGAGAAAAGACUUAACUCUGAACCAUGGGAUAUUGCCUCUGUGCCUCGGGAUCAUAUUUCAGUAACAAGUCCACAUGAGAGAGCAAUAUAUAAAUUAUCAACAUCCGGUCAGCUGUCAGAAGUCAAGGAGGUUCUAGUAAAGGGCAACUGUAUGGGUAUAACUUAUCAUCAAGAUCAUCUCUAUGUUAUUUGCAACAAACUUAAAAGUGUACUGGUACUGGAUACACAAGGUAAUGUCCAGAACACAAUCUCCCUGAAUAAUGACAUAUUCAAUGACCCACAAUACAUUGUUGUAAGUAAGGAUUCCAGACAUAUCUAUAUCAGUGACUUUGUUAGAGACUGUGUAGUCAGUAUAACAUCACAAGGUGAUGUGGAAGCUGUAUACAAACACAAGGAACUUAGAGGACCACUUGGAAUGGUGUUGUUAAAUGAUGGAUCCUUGCUUGUUUGCUGCUACAACAUUGACACCAUUCAUCAUAUCUCAGGAGACUUGAAGCAAGGUCAGACAGUGAAAGAUGAUCUAUCAUAUCCGUGGUCUAUAUGCUACAAUCAUUAUCAUGAUGAAGUCUAUAUUGGCUGUCUGGGUGGUCAGCUGAAAGUGUAUAGUAUAAAACGAACACUACAUAAACAGCAUAAUAAACAUUAAAUGCUGUGUUAUCUGUUAUCACAUUACAAUAUGUUUUAUCAACAGAUGGUCGAUGUCAACUUAUAUGUAGAGAAAAGUUGCAGUCAAAUUACAAAAUGACUUUGACUUACAUAAAGACCUAACAGAUAGGAUGAUUUAGUUUUCAUAUAUUUAUACGUAUUUUGUUUAAUUUCUUCCAGCCUAUAAUGGUAUGUUUAGCUUUCCGAAAAUGUAAUCAAUAUGACAACUGUGAUAAAUUGGUUUCUGAACUACGAAACUGAACAUAAUUUGGGUAAUACUCACAUAUGUAUAAUUUAUAUCUGUAAUUUCUAAUUUGGACUCAAAUUUAGCAUUUUCCUCUUCCUCUUCUGAAAAUGAAAUAUUUCCAAAGUUUGCAAAAUGUUUUUUUGUUGUAAAUACGGUAUUUGGUAUAAACGUUCUGAAAAAUAACACACUUUGCAUUUAGUGAAUUAUUUCAUUUAGAAACAGCUUAAAUAAACAGAUAUCCGUGGUAGAGGUAGAGAAUCAAAGCGCUGAAAGCACUGCAGGACGGUUGUCCUGAAAAGUGUCAAACCAAACAGAGCAAAAAUGGACAUUGGCGUUAAACAAGUAAAUGCUUACCAAAAGUCACUCUAAGGCUCAUUAUAACUAUUAGAUAAAGUACAGUAAGCCUUCGUUUGCAUUGUUUCUGGUGGUGCACAAGCUGCAGAUAAAGGUUAAUUUCAACCUCGUUUCCAUUUUCUGCAGUACAAGUACAUGUUCUUGCUUUUAUCAUGUGGUGUCGUCUCAGAAACGCUGCACAGUAGUUUUUUUUUGGCUUCAUCACUAGACAUCAUAGACACAAGAGAAAGACUUUUGUAUUCUGGAAUAAAGGUUUCACUAGGAGGCUUUUAUAUUCUAUAGAUAGGCUGACUUAACCACUUCUGUAACAAACCCAUUUCAAACAUGGUUAUAAGAGAAAAGAAAAAAACAUUAUGUAUUCUAUAAACUUUAAUGUAGUAAUAAAACAAUAUUAGACUA